GAAGGCCUAAGGCCGUAGUUCUCAAUCUUGGCAACUGUAAGAUGGAUAGACUUCCAGCUCCCAGAAUCCCCCAGCCAAGAGAAAGUCAUGUCAGCUGGGUGUAAGACAGCAUCUGAAGAAACAAUCCUGCGAAGGACAAGCGAAGGACAUUCACACCCACACACCCACUGCUCCUUCCCACAGGGCGGAUGUUGCUGAGUUACGUCUGCUUGGCUUUUGACACUAAAGAGGAAACAGAGGAGAGGCUCUGUAACCUGACGCAGAAACCAGCGAGCCGUCUCGAAAUCUGCAACCCUGAGCCAUGCCCACCAAGGUGGUUUUACAAGCAAGGGGCGUGCAGCGUUACCUGCGGCGAAGGUGUUAUGCGCAAAAUCUUAUACUGUGCGCGAGGGGCUGAGGAGGAGGAAGAGGAGGAGAUCCUGCCCGACGCAGCCUGCGAAGACUCGCUGCGUCCCCAAGAACAGGAAACCU